AUGGCAUCAUCUUCAGAGGAAUGCAGAUUUUUGGACGAUUUUAAGAGGAAACGCGUUAAAAUAACGCUGUUAGAUACACAAGUCUUUGGCGUUAUACAGCGCAUCAAUUUAAACAAGACAGUCAUUUUAGAGAACGUGUCAGAAGUAAAAAGCGGGAGAAAAUUUCGAGGUGUCAAACUCUUUUUCGGACAAGAAAUUGUUAAAGUGGAAUUUCCCAUUUCCGCUAAUCAAGACAACCCGUUCAGUGCUGACGAAGAGAACAAGUCAAAUAUUCAGUCCGGGAACAGGUUAAUGUUGGAUGAUUAUGAACAUGAGGACUGCAUCAACUAUAUAGUGAUCGAUGAGCUUCAUGAGAAGUUUGGCCCAGCGGUUAUGCACAUCCAAGAACAAGAUGUGAUUGGAAUCGGAGCUGAUGUAUUUGGAGUCAUUGAACAAGAGAGGCUUUGUUGGUUACAGGUUGCCACUAAGAACACAGUGUACCUCUUUGAUGUCCUUUUGCUUGGUGGAAGAGCUUUUAAGAAUGGGCUGUCCAUGAUUCUGGAAAAUCCCCACAUGCUGAAGGUCAUUCAUGACAGCCGCUGUGUUGCCAGAUGCUUAAAAGCACAGUUUGGAGUGAACCUUACUAAUGUGUUUGACACACAGGUAGCUGAUAUCAUGCUUUUCUACAAUGACACUGGAGGCUUCCUACCAGACAGGGUCUGCACUCUGCAAGAACUGGUCCGACUUCACCUAAAAGUUCCCAUGAUUGACCUCUUUCCUUUCUGGACCAAAGAACAGCAAACUAAGGAGACGCCAGAGGUGUGGUAUAUGCGUCCUUGUCCACCUGCCCUGUUGAAGGUCAUGGCUGUAUCAGUCCUUCACCUGCUCCCUCUGCGUCUAGUUUUAUUGGAUGCCCUUAUGUCAGACUACACCAUCUUGGUAGAUUCUUACAUGGACACCAGCCACAACAAAUCUGUUCACUUUAAGCAGACUGGAAUUGAGCUCCCCAAAGAAGUACAAGAAUUGAAUGCAGUGAGGAAGGAACGACUGGAGUGGGCAUCUCAUUGCUAUUCUGUUACCAACGAUGGUUUUCUGGAACGCUCCAGCUUCAGGCCCUCUCUGCACUCCGACCCACACAUCACAAAGUCUGCCUGUCCUGAGCCCUCUUCAGACACCGCAAGGCCUGAAUGA